AUGUCGAUGUCCCACUACGGCAGCACCGGCAACCUGUCGCUGGGCAAUCGACAGGCCAGCCCGUCCUACGCGAGUCUGCAGCGAAAUCAGGAUGAAUACAACCGCUUCGAGACAAAGCGUCACCACGACCGCUCAUCAGAGGAACGUCGCCUGCGUGAAUCCAAUGAGUCGAAAUUCUCCGGAUACGGCAACCGGCCCGGCACCGGUGUGGAGAUGACGGAGCACAGAUGGACCGGCGGAGAGCUGAUUACAGACCCAUCGCAGCUUCCAAAAUCGCUGAAGCCGCGUCGUAUGUUCUAUUCGCCUAUCGGCGACGGUGUCGUCGCUGCUGACGGUGUUGAGAAGAAGCGUGGCCCAGUCGACCUCACCCCCCGCGUCACCAUCACCACACUCUCAAAAAUUGACCGCGGAGAGCGCGGACAAGGCGGAGUCAACGUCUAUGAAAAGGAGUGGCACUCCACUCUGCCUGGCGAGGGAGCCGCGGGGUCAGUGUUCGACGGCAAUUUCCCGAAUAUUCCGGAUGGAGGUAGAGGCCGAAGCGCCGACAGGCCGCAACCACCCCCAGCACCCAUGCCCGCACCCGAGCCACCCAUGGACAGAGGAAACCGUGGCCCACAUACAGACAACGGCAGCGGACUGCAUGGACCAGCAAAACCCACCUCGGUCACGCCAAAUUCCGGACUGGGAGGUCGCGGGGGACCUUCCGGACCUGGAGGCCCGGGACGCGGAUCUGGACUCGGUGAGCCCUACCCAGCCUACCCAGCCUACGAGGAGCCAGUACGGCCGUUGAGCUCUGCCUCCACCUUCGACCCUUACCGUGUCGUCGAUACCAAGACCGGAUAUUUGAUCACAAACCCCCGGGAGCUUAUCCACCAAUUUGCCACGACGACUCCGAUUGCUACUAUGGGCCUCGAUGACGGCACCCCACUGACAAAGCACACCAGCGUCAAGUCGAUGUACAGCACGCUGGAGACGCAGGAGACCGAGCAGAGGUUCGCCCCGUACGCCCCGUACCGAGUCCAGAAUGGCUCGUCGAGCCAUGGUGGGAACAGCGGCGUCGUUUCCCCCAAUCGUUUUGUGCGGAAUUUGAGGGAUGAGACCAUGACCCACUCACAACGUGAAGCCAACACCCAUCUGGAUGCGUUGAACCAGAGGGACCCGAACUCUAGCCAUCGCGUUCAGGAAAUCCGCCAAAAAACCAUGCACCGUGGCGGUAACGACGAUAUCGAUCAGCUGACGAACCAGCUCGUCCAUGGCCUUAACACACGAUAU